AUGCACGUCCUCCCCACUAUCAUCUUAGCUGCUGCUGCUGCGGCCCGCGUCUCCGCGCUCGUCGUUACAAACAUGCCUGGUCACUCUCGCCCCUCAAUCUUCAAUCUCACGAACACCAAUGUCACCAAAGUUGUUGAUACGUACCCUGCUAUGGAGGCCAGAGAUGAAUCGACCUCCGACGCCACUGGCCCGGAGCACGAAAUCGAGGCCCGAGACGAGACUGCCAUCGGCGAUAUUGACACAAAAUCUACUGUCAAAGCAAGAAGCUGGCCCGUAACCGACGCGAUCGACUUCGAUUCCGGACCCCAGAGCGACGGCGGGUUUCCUAUUCAACAGCGAAACGAAGAUGCUUCCGAUGCUGUCGAAGAUGCUUCCGAUGCUGUCGAAGUUGCUUAUCACGAGAUCGAGCCCAGGAGAGGUAACAAUAACCGGUUUUACAACAACCGUGAUCAAUACUCCGGCUCCAAAUCAUCCUAG